AUGGGUUUCUCCAAAGACAAUCUUAAAGGCUUUGUUUUGGCUUUGCUUUCAAGUGGGUUCAUAGGGGCAAGCUUUAUUAUCAAGAAGAAAGGCCUCAGAAGAGCCGCAGCUACUUCUGGGGUCAGAGCUGGUUAUGGCGGGUACUCUUAUCUCUUGGAGCCUCUGUGGUGGCUGGGCUUUAUUACAAUGAUUGUUGGAGAGAUUGCAAACUUUGUUGCCUAUGCAUUUGCUCCGGCAGUUCUUGUUACCCCCCUCGGUGCAUUAAGUAUAAUUGUAAGUGCUGUGCUGGCACAUUUUAUCUUGAAGGAGAGGUUGCACCGGCUUGGAGUUUUGGGCUGUGUAAUGUGCAUUGCCGGGUCUAUCAUUAUUGUUAUCCAUGCACCAAAGGAGCAUUCUAUAACUUCAGUUCUUGAAAUAUGGAGUAUGGCAACUCAGCCAGCUUUUUUGCUUUAUGUGGGCUCAGUGGUUGUUCUGGUUUUCAUACUAGUCUUCCAUUUUGCACCACAAUGUGGGCACACGAAUGUGCUAGUUUUCACCGGCAUUUGUUCAUUGAUGGGUUCUCUCUCGGUGAUGAGUGUUAAAGCCCUAGGAACUGCUCUGAAAUUAACUUUUGAGGGGAAGAAUCAGUUAAUCUAUCCAGAGACGUGGUUUUUUAUGUUGGUCGUAGCUACAUGCGUUAUCACUCAAAUGAAUUAUUUGAAUAAGGUUAGAAACUCCGUUUCAUUGUGA